AUGCCACCAAGCAGUUGGUGUGAGGAGCCAGAGUUUCACUCCCCAGCGCAGACUCUGCUCUGCCAGACGCUCACUAUGGAACUCCUAGAGACCAACCCCUAUAUUUUUACAGACCGGUUCUAUGAUGGGGAAAACUACCUGAGCCCACACUUACACAGCUACGAGCAGGCUGCCUAUCAAGACCGAACGGCCAUGACACUUUGUUCCGAUGACCGGGCAGCUAUAGAAGACAAGGUCUCUGUUGUGCCAGACCAUAGUCCUGGCCAGUGUCUGCCUUGGGCAUGCAAAGUGUGCAAGAGGAAAAGUGUGUCCAUCGAUAGGCGCCGUGCUGCCACCCUAAGAGAGAAGCGCCGGCUGAAGAAAGUCAAUGAAGCCUUUGAAGCUCUGAAACGGAGCACUUUAUUAAACCCAAACCAGCGUCUUCCCAAGGUGGAGAUCUUGCGCAGUGCCAUCCAAUACAUUGAACGCUUACAAGCUCUACUCAGUACCCUCAAUCAACAGGAACGGGACCAACCGGAACUACGCUUCUGUAAUGCCAGCACCCAGCCAGUGAUGCCAACUGACCAUGGAUCCAGUAGCACCUCAUGCAGUCCGGAGUGGAGCACUCACUUAGAGUUCAGCGCUCAUCCUACAGAUCAUUUGCUGAGUGAUGAUUCUUCUGAAGACCGCAAUCUCCAUUCACUGUCUUCAAUUGUGGAUAGUAUUGUGGUAGAAGAUGUGGCUGUUGCGUUCCAGGAAGAGAGGUCUCAGAACUAA